AUGAGGCGAGGUAGGACUUGCAUUCCAGCCUCUAAAGUCAGCAUAACGUCGAGACAUACUUGCCUCAAUUUUGGAAAUUCAACUAUCAACCCACACAAUCAUGUUUAUAUUCCAGCUCUACUGACAGUUUUGAGACAGACUCCACUGCAAUCGGAGGCUUAUGACAAUCUCUCUCGGCACGGCAAAACAGCCUUGGCACAAGAAGUUGCCGCUCCUCCCUUUGAUGCUGGAGGUUUAUAUUCUGAGAGGCUUAUUUCUGAUGCGUGUCUACAUUACCGAGCGCGUGGGAAGCAGACUUGCUGA